CUCCAGGCGGCAAGGCCCCCUUUGAUCAGGAAAAUCCAAUUAUUUGUGUAUAUACAUUUCCCACAUAGUGAUUACUUCAUUAAUUGUCCCGCCUUUAUCUCCUCCCUUCCCAUCCCCCCUAAUAAUCAGUUCUUUUAUCCAGACCAACAAACACACCAUAGGAGCUUUGUGGAUUCAAAGGAUUUGCUUUCGCUUCUGAAAGAGCCGCUAUUCUUUGAUGAUUGGGUAGCGGCAAACUUCAAAGCCAUAAAUCUUCCCUCUGACUGGCUGGCGGCCCAGCAAAGUCCUUAUCAAAUUCUUGGAGGUGAUCCUGAAGCGCUCAGACUUCGCGCAGGGCGAGCGCGCGGGGUGCGGCCAGGGUCGCGGGUAGGUAGAGCCCCGGUGCACAGGCGAGCGCCGGCGAGGGACUCGGGGGCCGUCCGUCCUGCCGUGGGGUCUCCAUGCCUCGGCUGCGCCCAGCUCGGCAGCCAACCGCCGGCAAACUGUAGCCAUGGCCGCCGUUGCCGUCCUCCGGAACGACUCCCUGCAGGCCUUCCUCCAGGUCAGGGCUGGGCUCGGAGGGGGCGAGGGAAAGAUGGGAGGGGCGGGUCUCGAUUUCCCCCGGUACUCUGCGUACCCUGAAUCUCAAAAGGAGCCGUGCGCCGUGGAUGUCGCUGGAGUCAGACUUAGGGGGGUGCCCACGCCAACUUCGCACCUAACCUUGGUGUCAAGAGUGUGGCCUUGGGGGGAGGGACGCGCGGGUCCGGUGGUGGUGGUACGGGGGUGCCUCUGGCUGAGAACAAGGCCCUAGCUGACCCAGCUGGGCCGCCCUGCUGAUUUCAACCGGGGGCGGGGGAGGGGGCAGGGGAGGAGCCCGAGAGUAGCGUGGAAACAGCUUAAAAGAUGAGAGGGAGGGAGUAGGGGCAGUCCGGCUGUGGGUGUUUCCAGGCCCUUUCUGACCGCGGAACCGGGAGUUGCGGGUCGGAUCCCGCUCCCCUCCCACUCGGUGCCUGGGUCCUCUAAGACUGGGUGGCGUCUCCGUGAACCAAGUACAGUAACUUAACAGGAAGCCCUCGUGCGCUCCGCGUGCAGGACCGCACCCCCAGCGCCUCCCCGGACCUGGGCAAGCACUCACCCCUGGCGCUGCUAGCCGCCACCUGUAGCCGGAUCGGCCAGCCGGGCGCUGCGGCGCCUCCGGACUUCCUGCAGGUGCCCUACGACCCAGCGCUGGGCUCGCCCUCCAGGCUUUUUCACCCGUGGACCUCCGACAUGCCGGCGCACUCGCCGGGCGCGCUGCCGCCCCCACACCCCAGCCUGGGGCUGACGCCGCAGAAAACGCACCUCCAGCCGUCCUUCGGGGCGGCGCACGAGCUCCCGCUCACCCCCCCGGCCGACCCCUCGUACCCUUACGAAUUCUCACCCGUCAAGAUGCUGCCCUCCAGCAUGGCGGCGCUGCCCGCCAGCUGCGCGCCUGCCUACGUGCCCUACGCGGCCCAGGCCGCGCUGCCGCCCGGCUACUCCAACUUGCUGCCCCCGCCGCCCCCGCCGCCGCCUCCCACGUGCCGACAGCUGUCCCCCAACCCAGCCCCCGACGACCUCCCAUGGUGGAGUAUCCCGCAGGCGGGCACCGGUCCGGGGACCGCCGGGGUUCCGGGGGGCAGCCUGUCGGGAGCCUGUGCCGGCGGGCCCCACGCGCCCCGCUUCCCUGCCUCGGCCGCCGCCGCUGCCGCCGCCGCCGCGGCCGCCCUCCAACGGGGCCUGGUGCUGGGUCCGUCGGACUUUGCGCAGUACCAGAGCCAGAUCGCCGCGCUGCUGCAGACCAAGGCCCCCCUGGCGGCCACGGCCAGGAGGUGCCGCCGCUGCCGCUGCCCCAACUGCCAGGCGGCGGGCGGCGCCCCGGAGCCGGAGCCGGGCAAGAAGAAGCAGCACGUGUGCCACGUGCCGGGCUGCGGCAAGGUGUACGGCAAGACGUCGCACCUGAAGGCGCACCUGCGCUGGCACACGGGCGAGCGGCCCUUCGUGUGCAACUGGCUCUUCUGCGGCAAGAGCUUCACGCGCUCGGACGAGCUGCAGCGGCACCUGCGGACUCACACGGGCGAGAAGCGCUUCGCCUGCCCCGAGUGCGGCAAGCGCUUCAUGCGCAGCGACCACCUCGCCAAGCACGUCAAGACGCACCAGAAUAAGAAGCUCAGAGUUGCUGAGGCCGGCGUCAAGCGGGAGGACCCGCGGGAUCUGUGAGCCCAGCCGGGGGGAGUCUAGGCCUUUCCCACCUCGCACUCCCCAGCACCUCUCCCGGGGGGCCUGGGGGCCGCUGGCUGAGGGGAGUCCCAACAGAGGCCCUUACCCCUCCCUGCUGUCUGCCUCCAGGUUCCCUGGCCCGGCCGGCGGACAGGGACCCCUGUGCCCAGGAGAAGCAGGGGAGGUGGGGCGGAGGGCUCUGUGCCACGACAGGGCGGUUUCGAGCCCCGAACCACUCCCACCGUCUGGGAGACCUACCGUUUUGUGGGGACUGCCCUGAGCUGACCUUGUGUAUAGGAAACGUUGCUGGAUUAAAGCGGGAGAACCUUGGGAGAGUUGAAAUAGUGCUGGGGGUUUUUUUGUUAGGACAGGGCCCGGCUUUGUACAGGUUAUUUAAUAGCUUUGUUAAAGGAUAACUAUAAUAAUUACAACAUUAAUAAAAAAUGUUACUUUUGUCCUCGGCUCCAUGCAGAGCUACAGCAUGAAAUGUCUAUGUAACGCAAUCAGCAGUUGCAACGUGAAAAUAAAUACGUUAACUCCGGGGGUCACCUCGGGAAGACCCCGCUGA